AUGUCUAGUGCUCGUUCUCGGAAACGGCGGCGCUCAGAAGCGUUUGCGAACCCAGUAAACAUCGAAGUGGCACACACUAAGGACCUGGAGGAUCCAGAAAUCCAAUCUGAUGAUGAGGAAAAGGUGCCAGAUGACGAAACUGACGAGGCUCGACAAGUGCGCUUGGAGAAGGAGCAGGAAGUGUGGAAAUCUGUGAGGGAGGAACAUUUUGAAGUCGUGGACCAGCUCGCGCUGACAGCACAGCGGCAAAUAUCUCUGACCAAGGAACUUGAUCAACAGUCUCAUGACUAUCAGAAGAAACUUCAGGACACCAUCCGACUCUAUAUCGCCCAUCGUCGCGCAGUGGCCGCACGUCAAUUUCACCCCACCGUCGCCACAGAGUCCAACAGUAAUCCUUUUCCUGAUGCUCACCCUACCUCUGAAGGCGCUUCUCAAACCUCUGUGGCAGAAGUGCCUAUACCUAGUAUGCAUCUUCGCAACGAACUGGUUCCGCCUCAGACGCCAGCUACACCGUUUCUACCACAAGAACGUGUCAAAGAGCCCACAACCUCUCGGGAAAUGCUAGGCCAAAUUGCGUGGCUGAUAGAGGAAUUGAUUAAAGCUGGGGAGGAAAAGGUUAAUCUAGCUGAAACCACCCACAGUGCCGUCAAACGGCAUAUCCGCCUCGUUGAUCAUGCCAUCGCCGAACAAAGGGCUUCUAUACAGAACGGAGCACAAGCAUAUCUGGAGAAAGUGACUAUGCCCGAGAAAUGGUCUAGUCGACCACAGAAUGUCAUGAGCGACGACUCUGAGGAUGAACUCCCUCUUCCACCAAAUGCCGAGCCAGAAAUUAUAGCCCCACCAGAACCCACCACCGCACGACGCGGAAAGAAAAAGCAAAGCACAGCACCUGCUGAGGAACAGUCAACCAGCUUGAAAAUCACACUUCCUGCAGCUCCUAUAACGUAUACGCCAGAAUCUACAGAUCCUGAUGAGCCUAAAUAUUGUUACUGCGAACGUAUUUCCUUUGGAGAGAUGAUAGCGUGCGACAAUCCGCCUUGCAAAAUUGAAUGGUUCCACCUCAGUUGCACCGGUCUGACGGAGGUGCCUUCUCAGUCAAAGAAAUGGUAUUGCGAUCAUUGCAAAGCUAGCAGAAAAAGCGGGAAGCGCAAACGUUGA